GCAAGGAGGAAGUCAAAAUGGACAUAACAUUUACGAAAGAUGUGCCUGUUGAAAACUUGCAACUUAUAACUUUGGAUCAUGUACAUAUGAUUAUUGUGAAUAUGGGUAAGGAUUUGUACGGCAUAUUCGCACCCAUACAGUGUCCCAUCACUGCCAACAAGUAUACAUUAGAUCUGAAGGACAUGCAGUUGCCUGAUGUCGGAGAUGUCUAUAAGAAAGUUAUCGAGAAGAACUUUUUUUUUUAU